AUGGGUGGUUGGAUGAGAGAGCUGGUGCAAGACGUCCAACCAAUACCCAUCGAGCUCUCAGUAUUACAAGCCUUCAACUAUUCAGUUUUUCCUCUAUUCUGGGCUGGAGUCGAAGUGAACUAUUUCGAUUCGAAAACUCAUCUUAUAACUAUUUAUGAACAGCUUCCGUUGUUGCUCAAUCCAGGCGUCUAUCAGUUCGAUAUACCGGUCACAGCGGAGAUGAUUCUCAACAAGGAGGGUCCUCAGGCGACUUCAUUGCUUCAAGAGACUGGCGAAGAGAUGGCCGUGCUGCUCGGCUUUGAUCGCACCGAUCCAGCCGUGCGGACAAUGAUUGCGAGGAUGAUUGAACUGGAAUGGAGGAUAACCGUUAGUGGCAGUAGGGUG